GAUGACAAUGAAAGAAAGGCGCAGGCGAGAAUCUUCGGUGUGGAGGUUAUUCUUAGAUGAUCCGGUCGCACGCGACUGUGGACGGCAAUUUGUGUUCCUGAUUUGAUUUGUUUUUAAAAAUCAAAUUUAAAAAUACGUAUUAUUCGUAUUUAUCUUAUUAAAAUUAGGUAGAAAAAUAUGGUUAUAAUUGUGGUAAAUCGUUAUCGGUGAAGGUUAAUCCAAUUUCCGGAUAUGCCGGCGGAAAAAAUCAAUUUUGUUUUCUGUAUAUAAUUUUUAUAAUUUCGAGAUCCAUGGCAGCUAAGCAUCCCGACACGCUUUAUUGCUGCGAUAUUUGUGGAGAGGAAGAGCUAACGGAAGAUGAUAUGAGAUCUCAUACCAUGAUCGCCCACAUAGAAGGGGCCAUAUCAUGCCCCUUUUGUGAUCUGGGAGACAUUUCUGCCGACGAAAUGGUCUAUCACGUUAGUACAGUGCAUCUCCAGUAUUUAAGCCCCGUGGGUGACAAGAUGAGGUGUGCCUCCACGUCAAAUGAUUCUUUGGAACGGUUCGUGAUGACCGAUAAUAAUAAUUCUGCCAGCGAAAGUAACGUGGGAUGUUAUUCGCCGCAUAGAGGGAAUCUUUCUUUGAAUUUGCCUCCUUCGCAGUGGAGGAGGGAUAUUUCCAGUCCUAGAGUCACAAAUGGUGAUAGGAUCACCACUUGUCCUCUCUGUGAUUACGGAAAUCCCUCGCCCACUAAACUUCAGGAACACAUCAACCGUCAACAUUUUGAUCUCACUAGUCCAUCGUUUCCAGACUUUGUUAACUGUGACCGAUCUCACAACAGACCCUUCACCUGUCCUCUGUGCAACAGGAACUUUGAGACCAGUCCCGACUUGGAACUGCACGUCAACAUGGACCAUCGAGACGUUCUCAGUCCCGCGAAAUCCACUCAGGUGACUCCCGGUGAUGAAAAUUCUAAUGAGUGUUGUCCCGUGUGUGGUUGCUCUAAUUUUAAUUGUGGCCUUGAAUUGGCUUCUCACAUAGAAGAGCACUUUAGUCAACAGUCUCCUAAUGGAAUGGUAUCUGCUUCUCGAACGCCUAUAAAUUUCGUGAGUCCGGUAGUAAACGAUGGUGAUGCUAGUGCAGAUCAUCUAUUGGCAUUGGAAAUGGAACACAGGGAGCGGGAGCAGCAACGUCUUAGAGAACAACAAGAAUUUCGUUUAUUGCAGGCACAAUAUGGCAUGGAUAACCAGGGAAAUUUCAGGGAACAAUCUAUCACAAAUAUGCAGAGAGCUGUUUAUGCUGGAGAAAUGAGUGUAACAGAUUAUUACAAUCGCCAAGUAGAACUUUGUAUUGCAGAAAGAGAUGGAGUAGACGAUGGCCAUUCUUGUAUUAAAGGUUUAAUACCAAAAAUAAGAGCUUUCAGCAUGGCUACUACUAAUGUAGAACAUACGUGGCUUUGUACCACUGUUGAUCAUUAUGGUUCCACUUACGGAGAUAAAGGAUGGGGAUGUGGGUAUCGUAACAUUCAGAUGCUGCUAUCAGCUUUAGUGCAUCAUACAGGUUAUAAUCACCGAUUAUUUAAUGGAAAGAAUUCAAUUCCUUCAAUAUCCAAAUUGCAAGAAUUAAUAGAAAAUGCUUGGCGCCAUGGUUUUGAUCCUCAAGGAUGUGAGCAGCUUGGAGGAAGGCUCACAAACACAAGAAAAUGGAUUGGUGCUACAGAAGUUGUUACUUUUCUUUCUUCAUUUCGUAUUAAGUGUAUUUUAAUAGACUGCCAUACUGCUACGGGUCCAAAUGGUACACACCCCGAAAUGUUUCAGUGGGUGAAGGAAUAUUUCACAAAAGAUGAUGAUUUUCUUUCUCCAAUCUACCUCCAACACCAUGGGCACAGUAGGACUAUUAUUGGAAUUGAGGAAUUAAAAGAUGGAGAACUUCAGCUAUUAGUAUUUGAUCCUAGUCAUAGUAAAGCUCAAAUGGAGCAAUUCAAUAACACUGCCUGUAAUGCUAAUGCCAUGCGUCUAGUACGGCGGCCACUGUCUGCACUGAAAGCUCGACAAUAUCAACUAGUCACCGUAAAUGGACUUAUGGAAACAGAGGAAGAAUUUCAGAAAAGCAAAAUCCUACGUUCUCAACGAAUCCCUCCAAACUAAAAGCUUUCCUUUGGACUUGCCUUCUGUAAUAUGCUUCUGCGGGCAGCAUAUCCUUAUCUUCAUUCUCUUUCGAAAAUGGUUAAGGAUGUCCAGAGUGAUAAUUAUAUUGUAGGAGAAGUAAGAAGUGUAGAUUUAAAAAUAUAAUUUGAAAUAACUCCUAUUGGAUUAUAAUUUUGUAUAGAUAUCAUUGAGUUUGUAUACAUGUAUAUAUAUGAUUUGUCAUUUAGUUUCAUACACUUUAAGAAGUAGAAUUCAUAUUUAUUUUAAAAUAUUCUUUCUUUAAUUCAUUAUUUUUACAAUAUUGAUUUAUAAGUUUAAAGAUGAUUAUAUUAAAUUUUGUGUUGUCUUCUUACUGUAACUGUAUUGAGAUUAUUUAUUGUUUCUUAUCUCUUUUUAUAUUUAAAAAUUUAAUAUAAAUAAUUUAUAAAUUAGAAAGAAAAUAUUUCAUAUUACCCUAAGGCUAUCCCCUAAAAUCUAAUACACAAAUUUCCCAAACAUUCAGAAUGAAAAAAAAAGAUAAGAGUUUCUUGAUCUUUGAUUUAUUUUUAGGUUAAGGUUUAUAACAAUUUAACUCGUUUACAAAUCAUAUUAGAAAAAAGAAAUGAUUGCAAGUAAUUUUUUUGUAUGUUUAUGAUAAAACAAGAAAACUUAUAUGAGAUUUAUCAUUUUAAAUGAUUCUUUAUAUUAUGAUUUUAAAAUAUGUAUAUCCUGCCCAUAACUAUUCUAUUUGAAAUGUAUUUGUCAUACUAUAACUAUCGAUUGAAUCAAAAUCCAAUUUUUUAUAUUCUAUCCAAAUUUGCAUAUAUAAUAUAAUUUUACCAUACGAUAAUAUCCGAGAAAAUACUCUUCAUUUGUAUCGCGAUGUCAUUAUAUUUUGAUUUUGUCAUUAUUUAAAGGAAUAUUAAAACACAGGGUUUAUCAUUAUUUUAAUAAAUCUAUAAGUACGAGAAUGGCAAAACUAAUUGCCAGCUAGACUAAUCUGAGGUGAUUUUUAGAUAGUCUUUAAAAUUUUUAAUAUGAUUAUUCCAUUGUCUGCAGCUUGCUCAAUUAUUGAAAUAAUUCUUUUUAGUUGAUGUAAGUUUUAAUAAGGAAUAUUGCACGUCUCUCAAUAAUUCUUCUCUCUUUUUUUUUAUGGGAAGAAUGCAUCAUUAUAUAAAAUUCAACUUCAUCUAAUGAUAAAAAGAACAUCUUAAAAAACCAAAUUCAGGAAUAAAUGUAAUUUAAUUUUAUAUUGCUUCAUAUAAAUAUGAAUAUACCUAUUUAUGUACUUCCAGUGUUUGUUAAUAUAUUUGUCUUUUGAAUGUUGUUUUCAUUAGGAUGAUUUUAUGAAGUUUUUUUACGAUUGUCUCGUCAAGUGCCGAGACGAUCGAAACUCAUUUUAUUGAAUCGAGUUAGCCAAAAAUCAUUUGAAUGUUCCUAACGUAUCGCUUGUAUAUAAGUGAGGUUGGUUGCAAAGAGCUUUUGAUAGUAAGAUUAUAGGUAUUUCAGUUAAUAAAUCGAGAAAUAUUGUUUAUAAAGCAAACCGGGUUGUGAACAUUGUGUUUAAAGUUGCUAAAUCUCGAGCAUUAAAAAAACUUGUAUCUAGCUUUGCAGUAGGAAGAUUGGGUUCUAGCAGGUAAUUCGGAUUAGCCUUUGUGAUCUAAAAUCAAAUAUAAUUGUAUAGAAUAUAUGUACUUGAUUUAGUUACACAAGUAUUAUAUAUCGUAGUAUAUUUAUUGUCAUACAAAUAUGUACAAAAAUCUUGUUCUUAAAAAUUACAAGAAACAGAAUUGGAAUUGUAAAGUGUAGAGAAUAUGAAAAUAUUUAUUUUUGAAAUUUUGAAAGCAGAAUCAACUUUUAUUACAAAUAAAUUCUAUGAACAUUGAAAGUUAAUAUAAAUCUUGACAGAUCCAAGAUAAAUCCGUUUGUUUCUUUCGUCAUUAACUCCUGUUUCCACUCUGAUUUAAUUGGUUCCUUUUAAUUCAUUAAUAUUGUUAAAAAUUAUCGACAUUGAAGGAAUUUUAAAUAUUUAUUUUUCUCUUAGAUAAGAAAAAAAAAAUUUCUCGACUUGCUUAUAAUAAUGAAAAUAUUUUUCUUAUCUGAAAUAUGCAAACCCCAAUUGCCUUUUGAAUUCCAACAUUGCCUAAUUGAUUAAUGAAACUAUAUACAAAGUAAUUUCGUUGUUGGUUGGAAAUUUCAAAUGAGUUUUUACAUAUCUAUAAAAAAAAGCAUUAAAAGAAAAAUUGGAUAGGCUUCUGACAUCAAAUGAUACCAAGAAUUGUUGGUUGUUUCUAAAUAAUUGGGAAAGUCUGUGAUAAAAUAUAAUUUUUAUUUUACUUAUUGGAUCGUAAAAUACAAUUAGAAGAAAUACUUAAAUAUUAUCAUUAUUUCCAAUCGUUAUAAUCAAAAAUUUUUG